GCUCUUCUCUUCCUUCGUGGGAACAAAAUUGGCGAGCGACCCAAGCAAGUGUUCCCGCUUUCUCUCUCUCCAGAACAGUGUCUCGCUCCAACUUUCUCUCUCUAGAUUCUUGAAAACCCAGGGAGUCAAAGAACAAACACAACCCGAAGCAAUCGCAGAAAGAUUUGUCCUGAUUUACUUCGUUUUAUUUCUUUUCGGCAAAUGUUGAAUUCAAUUUGUGCAGGUUUUGAUUGUUUGGGAACUAGUUAAUAUUCUGAUUCUGAGGGGACUAAGAGCAUGUUCUUGGUCCCCGGCAAGUGAGUGACAAUUGGGUCAAGGUGUAGAGGUGGAGUAAUGAGCAUUAAACUUCAUAACCCAUUUCUGGGGUUUCCAAUAAAAAGCUUUGCAAAUGGAAGAAAUAAGGGCAAUUUAGUUUAUAUUGACAGAGUAAAACUACGGAAAAGGGCUUGUCGCCAAUGUACAUGUGGAAAGAAUAAUCAUUGGGUUUCUCAAGGGAUCAGGUUUUCACAUUUUUUUGGGAAAAAUGCGGAGCUUUUAUGGAAAAACAUAGGGUUGAGAGGUGGGUUUAUUGUGAGAUGUGUGAAAGAGCCCUUUUCUCGAAGCAAGACCCUCGUGAGGUUUUUGGCUCCACUGUGGGAAGAGGGACUCCUUUUACUCAGGUGCUCUGUUUUCUUUGCCGUGAUUUCUGGGGUGUGCUUAUUGGUAUGGUAUGGGCAGGCAAAAGCCAGAAGUUUUGUUGAAGCCAAGCUUUUGCCUUCUGUCUGUACAGUACUGAGUGAAUAUAUUCAGCGUGAGGUUGAUUUUGGUAAAGUUCGGGGAAUUUCACCUUUGAGCAUUACAUUGGAAUCUUGUGCCAUUGGGCCUCAUAAUGAAGAGUUCUCCUGUGGUGAGGUCCCCACUGUGAAACUGCGUGUUCUUCCUUUUGCAAGUUUGAGGAGGGGAAAGAUUGUGAUCGAUGCAGUAUUGUCCAAUCCAAGUUUGUUGGUUGCGCAGAAGAAGAACUAUACUUGGUUAGGGAUACCCUUUUCUGAGGGUAGUCUGCAGAGGCAUUUGUCAACGGAAGAAGGAAUUGAUCAUCGUACAAAAACCAGGAGGAUUUCUAGGGAGGAAGCAGCUGCUCACAGUGCCAGAGAGAGAGAUGAUGCAGCUAGGGAAGCUGCAGAAAUGGGUUACAUUGUUUCUGAGGAAGGUUCAAGUCCAUCUGAGGUUGAUGUUCAGAAGGUAAGUGCAAACCGUCCAACAGUGUUGACAAAUUCCGAAUCAUUUUUCUCCAUGGAUGAGAGACUGCACUGGCGAGAUCACCACUGCAUGGAUGCAGGUAUUGAGUAUGAUUUGAAGCAUGCAGAUCUAGAGAAAUCAUUUGGUGUAAAAAUUCCAAGCUCGGGGGGCAAAUUAUGGUCUAGCAUUAUACCUGGGCCUUUGAGGCAAAAAUUCAAGAGGAAAGCUAAUGGGAGAGAUAUAUCUGAAUUGGCUGGUGUUACAGCCAAAAGAAGAAUUCUUGAUCGUAGUGCGUCAGCGGCACGAGCAUACUUCUUGGGGCAAAGGAGGUUUGGUGAGUGUACUCAGUCAUCUGUAGGUUACGAUGCUAUGAAUCUUGAUACUCUUAUGGUGAAAUCUGAGGGUGAUGGUAAUACCUGCACUUCUGUAACAAGUAGUUGUAAAGAACAUAUGAUGGCUGAUAAUCAUAACAGGGCACUUAAUGUUGAAGCCCAGGAAAAUGCUGCGCAUGGAAAACUUAAAGCUGCUGUUGAUUAUUCAACUAGUCAUGGAAUCUUAGAGUUGGAGAACAACAUAGAGAAUGAUCCUGCACAUGGGAAAAAUUGUGGAAUCCAGCCUUUGAAGAAGCAUUCGAAUGAUGAUAUCAAUAGUUUCAGUUUCGUACACGAUCCAUUUCUUACGACUUCAGGUAGGGUAGAUGGAGUUACAAAUUCCAGUGAAAUUUUUUCAUCUGUUGAUGGUGUAGCAGGAGCAGCAAAAACCAAUCUUUGUGAUGUAAAAGAUGAUGUUCUGGAAGGAAUUAAUGUCAUAAGUAGACACAUGGAUAACAGAGAAGAGUCCAGCAGAUCAGGAGACCAGUUGUCAGCCUCUCCUGAUGAUAUUUCAGAUAGUAAAGGAGACCAUACAUCUCAAGGUUCCACUUCCAUGAAGCUUGAGCCAUUGCUUGCAAUACACCAUUUAAUCCCCAGAUGGUCCUUGAGCCUGAAGUCAAGUUUCCUUUUUUUGCGUAGAAACACAGGGGAUCUACUGUCUCACUUUCUUGCUGGUCCUAUUCAAAGGCUGAAGUCGGAGAUGGUUCCGAAAGUGGAAGAUAUUGUUGCAGAACUUGUUGAAGAGGUUGAUGAAGGACAGACUUUAGGCUUUGAGAAAACGCUUCCAGUCACGCUGGAUUCUGUUCACUUCAAAGGUGGAACGUUGAUGCUACUUGCAUAUGGUGACAAGGAGCCCAGAGUGAUGGAGAAUGUCAAUGGACAUGUCAAGUUUCAAAAUCACUAUGGUCGUUUGCACGUACAGCUGAGUGGAAGCUGUAUGACGUGGGGAUCAGAUGUACCAUUUGAAGAUGGUGGAUGGUUAUCUUCAGAUGUUUUUGUUGAUAUUGUUGAGCAGAAAUGGCAUGCCAAUUUGAAAGUUGUAAAUCUGUUUGUUCCGCUCUUUGAAAGGAUUUUAGAAAUUCCAAUUGCAUGGUCUAAAGGGAGAGCUAGUGGUGAGGUUCACAUAUGCAUGUCAAGAGGGGAAAAUUUUCCUAAUCUUCACGGGCAGCUUGAUGUGACAGGGUUGGCCUUUCAAAUAUUUGACGCUCCAUCGUGGUUUUCUGACAUGUCAGCAAGUUUAUGUUUUCGUGGUCAACGAAUAUUUUUGCACAAUGCAAGUGGCUGGUUUGGCAAUGUUCCUUUAGAAGCUUCUGGAGAUUUUGGCAUUCAUCCUGAGGAAGGAGAGUUCCAUCUUAUGUGUCAGGUUCCCUGUGUUGAAGUUAAUGCUCUGAUGAAAACUUUCAAGAUGAAACCUUUGUUGUUUCCGUUGGCUGGUUCUGUGACUGCUGUAUUCAACUGUCAAGGUCCCUUGGAUGCUCCUAUAUUUGUGGGAAGUGGAUUGGUUUCAAGGAAGAUAGCUCAUUCAGUUUCUGAUUUCCCUGCAUCGGCUGCUACUGAGGCAAUGAUGAAGAAUAAAGAGGUUGGGGCAGUGGCAGCAAUAGACCGUGUUCCAUUUUCAUAUAUUUCUGCCAAUUUCACUUUCAACACUGAUAACUGUGUUGCUGAUCUGUAUGGAAUCAGAGCUAGCCUUGUUGACGGUGGAGAAAUUCGUGGGGCAGGGAAUGCAUGGAUUUGCCCCGAGGGUGAGGUGGAUGAAGCAGCAAUGGAUGUUAAUUUUUCAGGAAAUUUGUGCUUUGAUAAAAUUUUGCAUCGAUAUUUACCUGAUUAUCUUCAUCGAAUGCCACAUAAAUUAGGCGAUCUGAAUGGUGAAACAAAACUUUCUGGAUCCCUAUUGAGACCGAGGUUUGACAUCAAGUGGGCGGCACCAAAAGCAGAAGGAUCAUUCAGUGAUGCUCGGGGAGAUAUCAUCAUCUCACAUGAUUGCAUUAUUGUCAACUCUUCAUCGGUGGCUUUUGAAUUAUAUACAAAUGUUCAGACGUCUUAUCCUGAUGAAUACUGGUUAAACAGGAUAGAGUCUGAUGUGAAUGCUGCCAUGCCCUUAAAUGUGGAAGGAGUUGAAUUGGAUUUACGUAUGCGUGGUUUUGAGUUUUUCAGCUUAGUCUCUUCAUAUAAUUUUGAUUCACUACGGCCCAUGCAUCUGAAAGCAACUGGAAGGAUAAGGUUUCAAGGAAAGGUUAUCAAGCCUUUCAGUGGUACCGAUGAGCAAGUUUUUGAAUCUGGGAAGCAUAUGGAAGAUGUUCCAAUGAAAGAUAACGGUGUUACGCAUGGUCUUGUUGGUGAGGCUUCAAUCUCAGGUCUCAAACUGAAUCAGUUGAUGCUGGCACCUCAGUUGGUCGGACUGUUGAGCAUCUCACGCGAGCGUGUCAAGUUGGAUGCCACAGGUAGGCCAGAUGAGUGUCUUUCUAUGGAGGUUGUAGGACCUUUGCGGCCAAGUGCUGAAGAAAGCAUAGAUGGAAAAUUGUUGUCCUUUUCUCUUCAAAAGGGGCACCUAAGAGCUGAUGUUCGCUACCGACCGCUACAUUCAGCUAACUUGGAGGUACGCCAUUUACCUCUUGAUGAAUUGGAGCUGGCUUCACUUCGGGGAACAAUCCAAAAAGCGGAACUUCAACUUAAUUUCCAGAAAAGAAGGGGCCAUGGAGUGCUAUCUGUACUUCGGCCAAAAUUCAGCGGCGUUUUGGGCGAAGCUCUAGAUGUGGCUGCUAGAUGGAGUGGGGAUGUCAUCACUGUUGAAAAAACUGUUUUGGAACAAAGCAAUAGCCAGUAUGAACUUCAAGGUGAAUAUGUGUUGCCUGGCACGCGAGAUCGGAACCCUGCUGGAAAGGAAAGGGGUAGCUUGUUCAAGAGAGCAAUGGCUGGGCAUCUGGGUAGUGUGAUAUCUUCUAUGGGUAGGUGGAGAAUGAGACUUGAAGUUCCUCGGGCGGAGAUUGCUGAGAUGCUACCACUUGCAAGACUUCUUUCUCGAAGUACUGAUCCCGCUGUUCAAUCUAGAUCAAAGGACCUUUUUAUACAAAGUUUACAGUCUGUGGGAUUGCACACUGAAAGCCUUCAGAACCUUCUUGAGGAAAUUCGAGGACAUUGUACUUCAUCAAAUGAAGUAAUUUUAGAAGACUUGAGUCUGCCUGGUUUAGCUGAACUUAAAGGUCGCUGGCAUGGCUCCCUUGAUGCAAGUGGUGGAGGCAAUGGAGACACAAUGGCAGAUUUUGACUUUCAUGGGGAGGAAUGGGAGUGGGGAACCUACAAAACUCAGCGUGUUCUGGCAGUUGGUGCAUACAGCAACGAUGAUGGAUUGCGCCUUGAGAAAAUGUUUAUCCAAAAAGAUAAUGCCACAAUCCAUGCUGAUGGGACCUUGUUGGGGCCAAAAACUAAUUUACAUUUUGCUGUACUGAAUUUUCCUGUUAGUCUAGUCCCGACUGUCAUUCAAGUUAUUGAAUCUUCAGCCAUUGAUGCUAUUCAUUCUCUGCGGCAAUUGUUAGCACCAAUAAAAGGUAUACUGCACAUGGAAGGGGAUCUCAGAGGAAGUCUUACAAAACCAGAAUGUGAUGUGCAAGUAAGGCUCCUGGAUGGUGCUGUAGGGGGCAUUGAUCUUGGGCGAGCUGAAAUUGUCGCUUCCCUAACCUCAUCCAGCCGUUUUCUGUUCAAUUCAAAAUUUGAACCCAUCAUCCAGAAUGGCCAUGUACAUAUUCAAGGAAGUAUUCCUGUAAGUUUUGUCCAAACAAACAUUUUGGAGGAAGAAAAUAUGGAAAGAGAAAAAAAUGAAGCAACUUGGGUACCUGGUUGGUCUAAGGAAAGGAGUAGAGUGUCGGCAGAUGAAGCCACUGAUAAGAAAGCCUUCAAGGAUAGAAUUGAAGAAGGUUGGAAUACUCAGUUGGCUGAAAGUCUUAAAGGUUUAAACUGGAAUGUGCUGGAUGUAGGAGAAGUCAGGGUUGAUGCUGAUAUUAAAGAUGGGGGCAUGAUGUUGUUAACAGCUUUAUCUCCUUAUGCCAACUGGCUUAAUGGCAAUGCAGAAAUUAUGCUUCAGGUCAGAGGUACGGUUGAACAGCCAGUGCUCGAUGGAUCUGCAUAUUUCCACAGGGCAACUAUAUCUUCACCAGUUCUCCGGAAACCACUAACAAACUUUGGUGGAACAGUUCAGGUGAAUUCAAAUAGGUUAUGCAUCAUUUCUUUGGAGAGUAGGGUUAGCAGACGGGGAAAGCUAUCUGUGAAAGGGAACCUGCCCCUUAGGACAACUGAAGCAUCUCUUGGUGAUAAAAUUGACUUGAAAUGUGAAGUUCUGGAAGUUCGAGCAAAGAAUACUUUAAGUGGUCAAGUUGACACUCAAUUGCAAAUUACAGGUUCGAUAUUGCAACCGAACAUUUCUGGAAAGAUUAAAUUGAGCCAUGGAGAAGCAUAUUUGCCACAUGAUAAGGGUAGUAGAGCUGCUCCUUUUAUUAAAAUGGCAUCAGACCAAUCUACGCUUCCUAGUGGUGGUUACAAUCGAGUUGUUGCUUCAAAGUAUGCUCCACGGUUUUUCAGUUUAAAGCCUGCUGCUUUAAGUUCCCCAUUUCGUCAACCUUCAGGCAAACCAGCUGAAGCUGAAAAGGAAAUGGAACAAGUAAACAGUAAACCUGAAUUAGAUAUCCGCCUCACUGACUUAAAGCUUGUUCUCGGGCCAGAGUUGAGGAUGGUUUAUCCUUUGAUUCUCAAUUUUGCUGUUAGUGGAGAGCUUGAGUUAAAUGGCGUAGCUCAUCCAAGAUGGAUAAAACCUAAAGGCAUUUUAACUUUUGAGAAUGGUGAUGUCAAUCUUGUUGCAACUCAGGUGAGGCUUAAGCGGGAACAUCUAAAUAUAGCAAAAUUUGAGCCUGAUAAUGGACUAGACCCAAUGCUAGACUUAGCUCUAGUUGGAUCAGAGUGGCAAUUCAGGAUUCAAAGUCGAGCUAGUAAUUGGCAGGACAAGUUGGUAGUAACCUCAACGCGUUCUGUGGAGCAAGAUGCCCUCUCACCUACUGAGGCUGCAAGAGUCUUUGAGAGUCAAUUGGCGGAGUCCAUCUUGGAAGGUGAUGGCCAGCUUGCAUUUAAGAAGCUUGCUACUGCAACGCUUGAGACAUUAAUGCCAAGAAUAGAAGGGAAGGGAGAGUUUGGACAGGCUAGGUGGAGGCUAGUUUAUGCCCCGCAGAUCCCUAGCUUGCUUUCUGUUGAUCCCACAGUUGAUCCUCUUAAAUCUCUAGCCAGCAAUAUUUCAUUUGGUACUGAAGUUGAAGUCCAGCUCGGGAAGCGCCUUCAGGCCUCUGUAGUUAGGCAGAUGAAAGAUUCAGAGAUGGCCAUGCAAUGGACUUUAAUGUACCAGCUUACAAGCCGCCUGCGAGUACUUCUACAGUCUGCUCCCUCAAAACGCCUCCUUUUUGAAUAUUCUACCACAUCACAAGACUAACCUGCCAGUUAUCCAUCAUCAAGGCAGAUGAAUAUUGCUUUUAGGGAAGAUAAUAUUUGCUUAUAUUGUGGCAAAUGUGGCAUACGGCCUUUUUAAUCCCCCCUUUUGGCUUUUCAGAAUCAAUGUAGUUCUUUCUUCUUCUUUCUUCCCCCUUUGUACUCGCUUUCUCAUGGCAAUUAGGAGGGUGCGAGGGUGGCUGGAAUUUCUUUUUCUCUCUGUAGAUAAUAUCAUAUGUUAGAGUGGGGGAUCAUUCAGAAAUGUAAUAUCAUAUGUUAUAUGUAAUUCUUUGCUCAGAAAUGAAUGAACUUUGUUUAUAAGUUCAACACUGGAACCUCUAUAAAAAGUUUCAAAGGGAGAGAGAGUGUUCUCAGGUCUUGUUGCAUGUUUCCCAA